AUGGAGGAGAAGAAGAGUCGUGAAAUGAUGACGAUUGAUCCACAUGUUUUGAGAUCAAAGAGAAAGUGCAAACUUCGCCAAGAGAUACAUGUAUCGCUAGUGAACAGUCUUCCCUCAGAAAUUACCAUAGAAAUACUAUCUCGUUUACCCACUGAUUCAAUCUUGCAGUGCAGACUAGUGUGCAAAACAUGGAGAAAAAUACUUCUUCAUCCUUCUUUUGCUCAUGUGCACUUGCAACAAUUUCCGCAUUUGCAUGGCAGCAGUUACCCAUGUCGUUCUUCUGUUAUUGGUGCUAAGGUUGGUGUUGGUUUCCUUUUUGGAUUUUCGUUUUCGCCGCAUCACUUCUCUGAACUGUACUGUGGGGAGUUUGAUGACACGCCUAAGAAGAAACUUAAAUGGAUCAACCAGCCUCCCAUUAAGCUUCACUCAAUGGUUAGUUCAUGUAACGGGUUGAUUUGUUUUUCAGAUUUCGUCCGUGGUCAUUAUGUCCCUGAACCUAGCUAUAUUAGUAAUCCUAUCACCGGAGAGUACGUGACUCUUCCGAAACUGGAAAUUACUAGUGAGAACAAGAUUGAUAGUAUGGUGUGUGGUUUUGGUUACCAUUCUUCUAUUAACAGGUACAAAAUAGUAAAAAUCUACUAUAUCCAGAACCAACCCUUGGGACGAGUCCAGGUAUAUACGCUUGGAUGUGGUAACAGUGGUUGGAGAGACGUGGGAGAAACCGCUUACUCACUUCAACAUAGUAAACUCUGUUGGAAGGGUGAUCGUUGCCCGUUUGGUGUGCUUGCAAACGGAGCACUUCACUGGCUAGACAUGGAACAAAAGAUUGCGUCCUUCGAUUUGGUGGAAGAGAAGUUAUAUUUGCUCCCAUCACCAGAUUUUGUUUAUGCUGCCGCUUUCACAAAGCUUUUGGAUGAAAAUUGUUAUGGUGCAACUCCUCACGUGAACAGCUUUGUUUCGCUGAAAGCUCUUGGAGAAAGGUGCAGGUCCAGAAAAAGAUACAAGGCUAAUCCAUCACCGAGGACAAUUUUCAUAAAACAGCAGACGAAUGCAUGA